CGUGGCCAACGGGUAUUUUGAUUGCUAUUCGGCGAGGAGAAGGAGAGGGCGGGACUACUGAUAUCGGCGGGGUGGGGUGGGGGGAUUUGGAGCCAUGACGGUUGGCUGAACCCAACUCAAAGGUGUUUCCGGUUUUUCCUCUACGGCCAGCUUCCGGUUUAGCUUUCCCUCAGGAGGCGGUUGCGGCAGAGGAGCUGACAAGGCGAGAGCCCCGCGACGAAGAGCAGGCGGAGCGUGUGGGCGCUUCUCGGCGACGGGGGUCGGCGGCGCUGAGGGGCGGCAAUGGAGAAACUCCGGCGGGUGUUGAGCGGGCAGGACGACGAGGAGCAGGGGCUGACGUCGCAGGUACGGGGAAGGGCUUCGCCUCCCUUCUGGCCGGGCUCCUGCGCCGUUUCCUCGGGACGAGCGCCAAGACUCGUGAUGCGCCGGGUCUGCGCCCAUUUACUCGGGAGCAGGCGCUGGCACCGGAGGGAAGGCGGGUCGCGCCUCCCCCCGCUGCCCUCGCGGCCACUCGCUCUUCCUUCUGUCCCCCAGCCGAGGGAGGCGACAUCUUUCGCUUUCCUUCGGCCUUAUUAAGGGAACGGAAACUAGUGGCGAGAAGUUGUUUAUUAUCGGAGGACGGCGGGGGAGGAAUCCUGAAAGCAUCUAUAAAAGGGGCAAAGAAGAGGGGAUUAGUGAAACCUCUGGCGGGCCUCCGUUGUUGUUGUUUAGUCAUUUAGUCGUGUCCGACUCUUCGUGACCCCAUGGACCAGAGCACGCCAGGCACUUCUGUCUUCCACUGCCUCCUGCAGUUUGGUCAAACUCAUGUUUGUAGCUUCGAGAACACUGUCCAACCAUCUCGUCUUCUGUCGUCCCCUUCUCCUUGUGCCCUCCAUCUUUCCCAACAUCAGGGUCUUUUCCAGGGAGUCUUCUCUUCUCAUGAGGUGGCCAAAGUACUGGAGCCUCAGCUUCACGAUCUGUCCUUCCAGUGAGCACUCAGGGCUGAUUUCCUUAAGAAUGGAUAUGUUUGAUCUUCUUGCAGUCCAUGGGACUCUCAAGAGUCUCCUCCAGCACCAUAAUUCAAAAGCAUCAAUUCUUCGGCAAUCAGCCUUCUUUAUGGUCCAGCUCUCACUUCCAUACAUCACUAGCGGGGCCUCCGUAGACUGUGGUUAUUUGUGGGUGCCCUCAGCUCCUUCUUCCCUCUGGGAUCUGCAGAUGAUUUGAGGAAGGGACCAGGCUCUGGAUUUGACAGCAUCUCCUCCUCUAGUUUCUCCCCCCAAAUCUUCUGCAGGAGCCAGAGGACCAAGGAGAGUUUUUGCAAUCUGUGUUGAUCUUGGGGAAGAGGUUUUUGCGCUUCUCGCAUUGGGGAAGGUGGGUCAUUCAGAUCAGAGGCAAGAGCAUUUGUAUUGUAUACAGAAGGAUUUAGGUUCCCAGUCUGGCUUCCUCGGGAAGGACAUGGAAAUAUUUAUAUCUGAAACGCCUAACUGGUUAGAUUCUGAUGCAGCCUGAGGCGUUGUUAGGAGAGGAAGAGGUGAAGUUGGAAUGUGAGCAUGAAAGGCAAGAAUUUGUCACUGCUGCUUUAUUUUGCGGUGGUGCCUAAUGAAUAUGAGUAUCUGCUGCAAAAGGCUAAUGGGCACAGAUACAUCUGUCAUCUCUUGCCCUUUUACUUACUAAAGAAUAGUUUGGUCUGACCCCUUAGCUCAGAUUGAGCAGUUGUGAAAUGGAGUGGUGGUUUGCUAAUUGUGGAGUGUGUUUAGUAAAUAGUUCACUCAGCUUCACCUAUGAGCAACCACAAAACAAAUGAUCGCAUCUGUUUAACAGAGGCCUUGGAAAAUGAAACAUAUUGGCCCCCUCAAGGUUAACUAUCUAUCUACUAACUGCAAAUAUAGAUUAUAUUUCCUAUCUGUUUUCAAGUUAAUCUGGUCUGGCUUUAAAGCUCAGUAGAAAGACUUUUCUCCAAAAGUGGUUUUGUUCACUUCUACAUGUGGGCAGCUGCGACACUGCAUGAUGGGUUAUUUUGAGAAUUCACCAGUUAUAUAACAUCUUUCUUAAAAGUAAAAAUGUAUAUGAUAUUCUGAAAAUUCUACACAUUUAGCUACUCAUGAGGCGUUUCAGUUUUGAAUAAAUUUCCCUAAUGUAGAUUUAAUUAGCUUCAGAAACGUAUGGAACAUACAUGGACACACUACUGGGACAGGGUAAUUAUACUGAAUAAAGCGGUGAGUAAGCCAUACAUAGUUGUGUCAAGGCUAAACACCAUAAAUAUGGAUCACACAUGUUCCUGGGAUAUUCAAAGUUUACAAAGUUUCUCUCAAAAUGAGGAAACCCUAAACUCUGAUAAGGAAUGUCAGAGUUGUUUGCUAUCUCACUUUUGGGUGCUGCUGUUGAAUGUUUGUAUUUCUUUUCCUUGCUGCCUAUAUAUGGAUAAAGAUUUCGAUAGGAAAAGGUAAGUUAUACAUUGUUGCAUUUUGAAAGCUUAAAUUUGUUUUGGUCAUGGGAAAAGACAUUUCAAUAGAGUAGGAAGUCAGCACAAUGGCCUAAGAAAGUAAUAUAUGGUCCAUGAUAAUAGCUGUAUGAAUUAAAGGUGGGGACAGACAAGAACAGCUGCAGAUACGACUAUCUCCUUAAGCAUGAGGCAAGGGCAGGGAGGGAGGGAGGUGGAAGAGAGACAUUCAGGAGGUCUUCCAUUUUCCCUCUGCAGGCUUAUCUUUGUAAUUGUCUGUGGCCUUGAUUCUUUUAGGUGGAUUAAAAAAUAACAAGGCUUUUUAUUUUAAAAAAAUAAUUAUAAACAGCUUGGCCAAAAUUAAACCAGGAUAUAAUCGUGUUAAAUCUACAAAUUUUAACAGAUCAUAAUGUUAAAAGUUGCAUCUCAAUAUAAAGAAUUAGCAGGGAGUGCUCAGAGCUGCCCUCUUGCCAAGUUUGGCAACAAUACCAAUGCUAAAAAAUGGGUUAAGUCACACCAAAGUCAUGUUUUGGUUCUCCAUCUUGAUUCAAGAUGGUGGCCAGUAUCCAAACGUCAGUGAAGAGUGCUGCCCACACCUCGGGGACCCUUGUUCCAAGUUUGGAGAUGAUAUCUUGAGAUGCAUCCAAACUUAUAGAGAACAAAUGGACAAACCCCUUUCCAAAAUAUAUAGUAGAUGAAGUAUGGGAGAAUUUAUUUUUAGAUCAAAAAUAAGUAUGGCAUGCCAAGUCCUAUAAGUGGUGAUAAGGGUUUGAUGUGAGAUGGGAUGGGAGCAGGAACUAGAAAUUGGCUUGGACUCCUUGGCUCCAGGAGAUGCCACCUUAUAUCACUUGGAGGAUCAUACAUUAUGUCCAUCAGAUUAAUUUUGUUUACUCAUACUUUUACGACUUCUAUCUGCUUAUGCUGUGUUACUUGCUCUCAAAGCAAACAAGAACAUUUUCAUUUCACAUGAACAUAAACUGCUCUGCCCAGUUCAGUUCCUGCCCUUGUUUUUGGCAGGUUUUGAGCCCUUAAUUGGCUCUACACUGGCAGAACACCUGUGUAAAAUACGUGCUCGGCAAUGAGCAAAAGUUUUGAGUUUCCUUUUUAGGGUGGAGGCAUGGGAGCAAGACAUGAGAGUCUUCCAAUAAAAAGGUAGGGAAGGAGUAAGCAGCAAUAGGGGAAAUGUCCUUCCUAGGUGAUGUCUCUUACAUAGCUGUAAAUUAACAUGCUUUGGUGGACAAUCAGUACUCUUAAGAGGGUGCUGGAGUUUUCAGGUCUUUCAACCAUUGAAGGGAAUGCUGUGCAGAAGUGUUUGAAAAUAAAGACCUGUUCAUGUGCUAGACCUUGUUGUGAAGAGGGCAACCUCACCUGGCCAUGCCCUCAAUAUUGUGCCCCUUGUUGGGGAUCCCAGUUGCAUACAUGUGUAAAGGUCAGACAGAGGGGUAGGCCUGGGUGGGUGUAGGAGAUUGGUUCACAGUAUUCGCCAUUGUGCAUUCCAAUUUCAAAGACAGCAAACUCCAUUAAGGAAAGAUGUUCAGUUGCUGAUAUCCUCAACUUUUUGUAUUGAAUCUCCAAAAUUUGCAUGCUAUCUACAGUGGGUUUGAGGGAGGAGUAAGAACAAUGUAUUUUGCCCUAAACAUAUUGGAGAAAAAGCCAGAUCCUGAAAUGGUGGUGGUGUUCUCUGUUCAAAGUUCUUGAGUUGGGGAGGUGAAGAGACAGCCUGUUCUGGACUGGGUUGCACUCCUCCGAAAGGUAGCUUGGUGCUCUUGAACACAAUACUGUCUCUGGAGGUUCAGGUUUACAGAAUCAUAGAAUUGUAGAGUUGGAAGGGUCCCUGAGGAUCAUAUAGUCAAACCCCCUGCAGUGCAGAAUUAUGCAGCCAGCCCAUACACAGAUUGAACUUGCAACCUUGGCAUUAUCACCACUACAUUCUAACCCAGGCAUAGGCAAAGUCGGCCCUCCAGAUGUUUUGGGACUACAACUCCCAUCAUCCCUAGCUAACAGGACUCAGUGGUCAGGGAUGAUGGGAGUUGUAGUCCCAAAACAUCUGUAGGGCCGACUUUGCCUAUGCCUGCUCUAACCAACUGAGUGAUCCAGGCUGAAGUACACAAACUCUAGUGGUGAGUUGUUAAAGUUUCGAGAUUACUUACCUCACACAGAGCUCUUCCACUUGGUCAAAAAAGAACCCUACCUGUGGAGACAAGGCUUUUGGCUCAAAGACAUAGUCUGUACAUGCUCUCUGCUAUUCAGCAAUUAUGUGACUAGAAAACCGUUAGUUAAGAAACCUGUUUAUGUGAAUUGGUCUAAGAUAUAGUAUUGUUAGAAGCUAAUUUCUUUCUUUCUUUCUUCACCCACAGGUGCUUGAUUCUUCAACUCUUAGUUUUAGUACUCGAGUCAAAUGGUUUGCUAUCUGCUUUGCAAGUGGCAUUGUGUGUUCCAUUCUUGUAAGUAAAAACUUUGUAGAACAUAUGAAAAGCAACCUGGUUUCUUGGAUCUCUGCUUAUACUUCUUUUUAUUUUCUGUUCUUGAACAAAAGAUGCGUAAAACUUCCUUGGGCAAGCAAUAGUAAAUCUUGAUGGUCAGAAAGUGGUAUAGCUCUCAUGGCACUGUCUUGAUUUCAUUCUGAAAUGAGAUUGUAUAAUAGACUUCACCUCAAAAUCCCCUUGUCCCUUUAAUGCUGUUAUAGCAGUACAGUAUAUGCAUUUGAGACUAGCCACCUAGUCUCAAAUGCAUAUACAUGAAAUUUCUACGUGCAGGGAGGUUUUUUUAAAUAUAUGUGAGAAAGCCAUUCAAACAUGGCGCUCCUUGUAAGGGUUGUGCAUGACAGGGUAUAUAUAUGUUCAUAUACUGCUGUUCACUUGCAUUUAUUAAUCACAUUUACCUGUAAACAUGAGCUCAGACCAAUUUCAGAUCUAACUCUUAAAAUCAGUUGAGCAGUGACGGUGACAAUUAAAAUUAUAUUUAAUUCAUUUAUAUGCCACUUAUAUGCCAAAAUGUCUUUACAAUUAAUAAAAAUAUCAGCAUGAAUAUUUAAAAAUAUUCAACCAUUUUUCAUAAGCUGUCAGGGAAAGCCUUCAGAACUUAAAGCAAGCAUAGAACGGAAACUAUAGAAGGAGAUGGCCGUUCCCUGUCAGAGAUCUGCCAGAUACAGUCUGGGUGUUCACACAGAAAAAGGGCUGCUUCACAUCGUGGCUGUUCUCUAUUUUGUAAACGAGGGCAAGCAGGACAAGGUUUCAUUCUUGGAUCAUAAAGAAUGGGGAGGCAUUUAUCUCACGGCCUGAAAUUAAACAAGACUAGCCACAUCAUUUUUACCAUUCUGAAUGUAAGGUCCCUUGUAAGAUCUAGGUUUCCUGGUGGCCUUAUAUUGAGAGACAACAUGUACUGGGAAGUAUUGUUGAUUUGAAAUAUUAUUUCAAAUAAUUCGUUUCUUACAGUCAGGAAGAUGUGAUUUACUGAAAUGGCUUAAAUUUGGGCUUCUGCCUUUUUAGUUGUACUUUGUAAGAAGAGUAAUUGUAUAAAUUGGUAGAUAAACUGAUUGACUCAUACAUGCAUUUCUAUUAAUUCCAGAUAUUUAAGUCUGUCACAGUUAAACACUUAGAGGCAGUUAAUUAACAUCAGUAUAUCUAGUUGCCAGCAGAGGGUAAUAUUAGAAUGUGCUAGAUGUUUGCUGCUGUGUUGAUUUUGCGUUAGUAUAAUAUUUAAUACCUUACCACUCUGACAUCACCACGCUUCUAAAGUUCGCAACUGGGCUUAUUUUGUAUAGGGGACAGCAAUGCUUUGGCUCCCAGGCGCUGGCACAAAACUCUUCGCAGUGUUCUAUACCUUAGGAAAUAUUGCUGCAUUAGCCAGGUAUGGACAGAUUUAUUUAUUUAAAAGUUUUAAUGAGAUGUGUAAUUUUAAACUUCAUUUGGAGAGAACUGCAAACCGAGAAAAACAUUGUAUAUGGUACUUUUAAAAGAAAGGACAUAAUAAAAAUUGAAUCUCUUUGUAAAAUGAAAACUGCCUUCCUGUGUUGCUGUCUGUUUAUGUGUAUUUGAUGUGAGACCUUAAAAAAAAAAAGAGGAUGCAUCUUAUCAGAAAAUACUGAUAUUUCACAAAAGAAACUGGGGCACACCUGCCUAUCUGAGUAGAUGACUAGUAUGCACACCACCCUUGUAAAUAACCCCACAAAAAUUACUAGCUUGCCAAAUAAGUUGCUAGUUUGCAGGGGACUGGUAGCCUAAGGAUCUAGACCUCUGCCCUCCUUCCAGCAGAUGGCUCCAUUUCUAUGCUUUUACUAAGGAAGUUUCCCUCUUAUAGGAGCCAUGGGACAAAGGGCUCCAUCCCCUCCUCACCAACCCCCCCACUCACCAGCAUGCAGUUCCUUGUUGCGUGUGGCUACCAGGCAAUCAUUUACAUGCAAAACUGAUUACAUACACAUUUUUCCAUGUACUUACAUCUUCUUCAAGAUUAAGUUGUUUGCUCCACCACCAAUUUUGUCUGUCAAGAACUUCAAUUCUGAAGUUUUGCGCUGCAAAAAGUCUACUCCUGUUCUUUCUCUGCUUUGUCCCAGUAAAACAUGGGGGGGUGUCUCUUUCCAGUAUCCUUGGGAAAGAUCAUUAAAUCCAUCUGGAUAUUCUAGGAGUAAUUAAUCACAGGGCUACUUGCUGGUAUUGCAGACAUACUUCUUAAAAAUUAGACAACAUCCUUAUGCUUUAAAGCAAUGUUUUUAUCUAUAACACUGUACCCUUUUUUUUUGGUCUGCUAAUAUGACUUGCAUCCGAACUUUUGGCAGUUUUUUAGAACUGGGUUAAAACUUGUAACUCUGUAAUGCUCGAGUAAUUUAAAACUGUGGUGAUUUUAAGGAACAAGUAGAGUGCCAGUGCCACAAGGAGGCAGCUGCUUCAUGAAAUUCACAAACUAGCUGGAUUGCAAGGUCUUCCUAUAUUCUCAAUGUAAAUCAGUUCUCUCAUUAUGCUUUCAACACUAAUAGAGGGGUAUGGGAUUUAAACUAUAAACAUUGCCGUUCAACAAACACACAUGCUUCUUUGGUUCAGUUAAUGGCAGGCAUGCUUAUUGUUUAAUUUCUUGCAAACCAGUACUUGCUUCUUGAUGGGCCCUGUGAAACAACUGAAAAAGAUGUUUGAACCAACAAGAUUAAUUGUGACAAUUGUUAUGCUGGUAAGCUACAUCUUUUCUGUAUUUGAAAAUAAUGAAGCGUAAUGUUGAGUUUCCCUGAGGGUAUUCUGGCAGAGUCGGUAUUUAAAUUAGAACUUCAUAACGUCACUGAGAUGUUCCCUCCCUCCCCCCCAAAAUUGUGUUAUGUAUAACAUAUCUGUUUUUAGGAGGAGUCAGAAAAUGAUAUGAUACAAGCAGACAAUUGAAGAUUGUGUUCAAUUUUAUCAAACUAAUUUUGUCAGCAGAAUAGGUAAUUCAGGUUAGGUUAUGACUGUGUUGUGAGCUUACAUAAUGCUUCGGUGGUAUCUUUUGAUUUUAAAAUGAGAAAAUGGAGGGAAUGGGUACAUAGUGCUUCUGGAAAGAUACUAAAUAAAACAUUGAAACUGCCAAGAAUGCACUAACUUUGGUAGAUUUUCUACAUUCCAGAGUUUUAGUGGGAGAAUAUUGCAUAAUUAUGUAUUGCUUAAGUAUAUACUGAUAUGAUUCUCCUUUUCUCCAGUUGUGUUUUAUCUGUACCCUAUGUGCUGUGUUCUGGGUAAGUAAUAUUGUCUUCAUGCCAACCUUUCUGGGUGUAUUGGCACAUUUGGAAUUUUGAAAGUGCACCACCUCCUCUGUUUGUUCUUCUUCACCCUCCCUUGGUUUAUUCCCCUCGCAACAAAAAGUGUAGUACACACACUUUGUGUUUCCAAGGGGUUUGGGUAAAAGUUUGAUCUAGUGGAGUUAAAACGAACCUCAUGAAUUUGCAUGGGUUCUCCAAAAUCCUAUCAAAUUAAGCUUAUAUUGGUAGACUACACAAUAAAAAUUGCAAAUCUGAUAUUUGCCAGCACCACGGAAACAUUGAUCCAAUGCAGAAAAAACUUCAUAAUUUUAAUUGGAUGACAACGAAACUACCAAUGAAAGACAUAAAGCUUUUGUAGACACACAGGGAAAAAAGGAAAUUUCUCAAGAGCACCAUUACAUCCAGGGGUGCCAUACUGGUGACCUCUUACCAGAUUUAAUGUGUCAUCAGCAUAAAUUAGUUUAAUGUUGAAAUCUGGGUCUGUAGGCUUUGCUGUGUCUAACUGAAGUUUGAAAGGUCCUUGGAUUUAGGGCUUGUGUAACCAGGCACCUGCAAAUUCAGCCCUCCAUAUGUUGUGAGACUACAAUUCCCAUCAUCCCUGACCACUGGUCCUGUUAGCUAGGGAUGAUGGGAGUUGUAGUCCCAAAACAGCUGGAGAGCCGAGUUUGGGGAUGCCUGCUCUGACUCUCCAGACAUGUCAGACUAUGAUUCCCAUCACACCUAACCAUUGUCCAUGCUUGGUGGGGAUAAUGGGAGUUGGAGUCCAACAAUAUCCAGAAAACCGUAUGUCUCCCACUGCUGCUCUUAGUGUUUUUACUACUGAUGUAAUCCUGGCCACGUAGUGUUUACUUUCAUUUUUUAAUAAAAACAUCUAGUUAACAUAAAAUUUUAUAUGGGGUAAGCCAGUCUAGUGAAAAUAUUUGCAUAUUUAAUACUGCACUCCUAUAUAAGCUUGCUUGGGAAUAAGUCCCAUUGGCUGUGGCAAAAGUUAAAGGUAAAGGUACCCCUGCCCGUACGGGCCAGUCGUGUCCGACUCUAGGGUUGUGCGCCCAUCUCACUUAAGAGGCCGGGGGCCAGUGCUGUCUGGAGACACUUCCGGGUCACGUGGCCAGCAUGACGAAGCUGCUCUGGCGAGCCAGCACCAGCGCAGCACACGGAAACGCCGUUUACCUUCCCGCUAUAAAGCGGUACCUGUUUAUCUACUUGCACUUAGGUGUGCUUUCGAACUGCUAGGUGGGCAGGAGCUGGGACCGAACGACGGGAGCUCACCCUGCCGCGGGGAUUCGAACCACCGACCAUGCGAUCGGCAAGCCCUAGGCACUGAGGUUUUACCCACAGCGCCACCCGUGUCCCUACUUGCCAAAAGUUAAUUCCUAAUAAAUAUGCAUACUUUGGGUUAUGCCCUCUAAUGGAAGUGUAUAGCAAUGCAUUUUGUUCAAGUGUUUUAAUCAGGGUUAAUUUGCCAUUGGAGCUUCUUGAGACUCAUUUUAAAUUUAUUGAUUUUAAAAACAGUGUCAACAAGCUCACCAUAUGUUCCUUAUCUCUUUCUCUCUAGUGGGGCAAGAAAGGGCUAGCUCUGCUCUUCUGCAUUCUGCAGUUCUUGGCAAUGACCUGGUAAGUCAUUAUAAACAUUUUUAACACUACUGUCAUAUAAAACUCAGCAUGUAAGUACGGUAUGUUAUCUUGCAAGCUGUGCAAUGUGAUAUUGCUGUCUUGAUCCGUAGCCUUUUAAAAAAGUAUCUCCUCUGCUUCAGAACUUACUGCAGGUAUAUAAAAAAAAGCAGAAUUGAUUUAUCUCCCACCUGUUGCUUGGAUUUUGAGGUCUGAGUAGGGCUAUAGGAAUAAAUAUGUAUGUGUGCAUAUUAGUAGUUUUUUAACUGUGUUCUUGUGAGCUUUGAGAUUUCUGUGAAAGUUACCAGAAGCUCCCCAAUGAGAUCAGGAAUAAUGAAAGCAAAAGCAGGGAAGUCCAUUUUUUUGUAGGCAUAUACCAUUGGAGGUCAUCCAGUAUUAGAUGGGGGGAAAUAGAUUCCAAAUUGUUUUUUCUGUAAGAGUUUUCUAAAUUUAAAUUUAUUAAACUGCAUGUAGGGGCAAAGAUAGUGUCCUAUUUUAUUAUAGCCUUGUUUAGUACUAGCCUGGUAGCCAUGGGCAGCAAGGUAUUUCAUGCAGGUGAAUGAGUGCAUUAGUGCAAGGAGGACACUGUGUUCCAUCCUACCUCCAUCAGACCCUAGCAAGCUAGUCACUUGUGCUUAUUUUCAAGGCUGUUUUUGCUUCCUCUUGGACUACUUCGGUUCUGUGGCACUUGCAUAAGGCCAGCUUGUGUACCAUCUUGCAGGAGGCCGUGUAAUUUGCUUGCAACAAAAUCUGAAAUGGAGAGUGGAUUCAGGAAUGCCUUGGCAGUACACCUAGUUCUUUCAAAAGCCCUCUUAUUCUAAACUUACGUAUAAUCUGAAUAGGUAAUCUAAAGGACUUAUUGCAACAGGUUGACAUUGUAGAAGGUGGAGUAAAGCAGGAAGAGUGAGCUAAUGUUAACUUUUCCUCUUUCUCUUUCAGGUAUAGUCUGUCGUAUAUCCCUUAUGCACGGUGAGUCAGCUUGCUCUUUUGCCCUGCAAAAAUAAGAGCCUGUAUAGUUAUCUUGCAGCUUUUAAAAACUGUUCUUGUGAGAAACUAUUCUUCAGAUUUUUUUUCUAUGUAAUCGUAUCUAGCACAUCUUACAUCACUAAAUAUUUUACAAUUGCUAUCAAAAAGCAAAUUUCCUGUUACACUCAACUUAACCUUGUACUGUGCAUCUUCUAACGAAGUUGAGCUUCUAAUAUUCCCUUCCUUAAAGGGCAGAGGAUUGUUUUGAAAGCAACACACUAGUUCUUGUGAUGCCUAGUUGACAACCUGCCACCAAAGAACAGCUAAUUGUGUGCGCUCUGUCUUGAUACAUGCUUACUUGAAAGUAAGUUCUGUUAAAUUCAGUGGCGUUUAUUCCUAUGAAAGCAUAUUGCUCAUCAUGAUAUACUGCUCAAAAUAAAACAGGGACAGUUUCAUGUAAGAAUGUAUUUACUGAAAGCAUAUUGAGGAAGAUGAUUCCUUUCUCAGACCAUCAGUAACUAAGUAGCCUGGUUCACACAACAUGGUAAGUCAAACUAUAACUUGCUGGGACCAUGUGAACUCCUGGAGAAAUGCUCACAGGUGUUUUAUCUCCUCCCUGGUCCUUUUUAGCUUUGCAUUGAACUAAGCUAAAGUUUGGCUUAGCAUGCUGUCCAAAACUAGAUUUGUGGUUAAGGCAUUUCUUUAAUGACCACGAGAUGUAGUCAGGGUUUGAUUGUGUCAUACAAACCAGAUUUGUAUCUGAUUUCCUGGAGUUCAUUUGGUAACUAGAUGUUGUUAUCACAAUUGUUGUGAGUGUUAUGAUAAUACAUGUGGUUGAUAAAAUUAACAUGCAGUAUAGGCAUACAAAACAUGGUGAAAUUAUCUUUUUUUCUUUUCUUUUAAAGGGAUGCAGUGAUAAAAUGUUUCACGUCCUGCCUAGGUUAAAGUGAACUGAGAAGAAAUCUGCAAUAUUUUUGGAAGCCAACUACAUUUCUCCCAAGUUUACUUGGAUUUUUUCAGCGCCUGAAAUGGUGAAAUCCACCUUCCACAAUAGAUUAAAUUGUGUUAGCAAAAUAAUCUUUUAAAACACACAACACUGGCACAUCAGGAAACCUUUAAAUAUUUGUUCUUAAAAUAUUUGGUAAUGUCGGAGUCUUAAAACUGUUGCAUCAGGUUUAGCUAACAUAGUUUAAUCUCAAAACUAGAUCAAAGUAGUCUUUGGAUUUCAGGUAAAAGGCAUGUAAAUACUUUUGUCUAAAAUUUGCUAUUUACCGUACCAUUUGUGCAUUAUUGUUACAUGCUUUUCCCAAAGAAUUUUAAAAUUAUUGUAAAAUGAAGUAUUUGCCAAAUUUAUAGCUAAUGGGGCUUUUUUUGAAAAGUUAAAGUAUGUGUUAGCCUGGAAAGACUGUAAAUGUGUAAGGCUGUUUUAAAUGCUUGAACUUCUUGUUAAGCUUAUAUUUUAAAUGCCAACUUUUUGUACUGUGAUACAUAAAAUACACUUGACUAAAAGUAAUAUAUUAAAUCAUUGACUACAAAAUAAAUAUACUUUAAAAAUAUGCACUCUUGAAUUGAAGAUCUACCUGUUUUGUAGAAUAAUUUCACUUGGAUAUUACUGGGUUGGUUCACAUCCCAUGCCAAACCAUUAUAUAGUAGAUCCUUGGGCUCAUGCAUUCCCUUCACACAUUCAGUUACGUACUUCCUGUUUACUUCUUCUUCUUCUUUGGUGAUCACUCGUAGCUGGGUAAGAUUGUCUUCCAUUAACAUGGUCUUAACAGUGAGUACGCUGUAGUUUGCAGGGGACUGAAUGUGUAACAUGUUAUGGAAGUGGAGAACACAGUUGAUAGAUGAAGGAUAUAGACAGAUGCACACGGAGGGUAUAUAAACAUUGCUGCAAAUGUGUAUUGUGUACUGCUUAAAGUCAGGAAACGUAAGUCAUAUGUAGGAUUUAUUUGAAUAAAGUAUUAAAGAUGGAUUGUGGUG